AGAUCAAACCCAAAAAGUUGAUUAUUGCUAUCUGUGUUAGCUGUUUGAUAUUACUGUUACUAUGGUACAUAAGUUAAUAUUGAGUAUAAUACUGAUACAUUUUUACACGGAAAAUGGUGUUGGCAUGUUCAUUUUUAAUCGCAGUGUAAUCACCUUGAAAACGAUGGGUUAUUUGGAGAAAAGAAAAAUAAAGCUGAUCAUCGACACAGAUGCUGGUGGUGACGACGCUGUCGCAAUUAUGAUGGCCCUAAAAGCUCACAAACAGGUCGAAGUAUUGGCCAUCACUUGUACAUACGGCAACACCUACGUCGAAAAUGUAGAGAAAAACGUUUUGAAAAUACUAGGCGAAGCAGAGAGGACUGAUAUACCAGUUUACAGGGGGGCGCAAAGGCCGCUAAUGGACAAAUUCAACGCUACCACGUACUUUGGUGAAGAUGGCUUCGGUGAUUUUCAAUUCGACAAGAACCUGACCCAAACGAUCGACGAGACGAUGCCAGCUGCUUUAGCCAUGAUCGAGCUGACGAAGAAAUAUCCAGGCGAAAUCAGUAUUCUGACGAUCGGUCCACUGACAAAUGCAGCGCAGGCAACUUUGCUGGACCCGAACUUCGCGAAGCGAGUCAAGCAAUUUUACUCGAUGGGUUCGCGCGUCACCGGAAGCGCAGAUCGUAACGGGAGGCCGCUUCAAGCCGAUUUUAAUUUCGGAUUGGACCCUUUGAGCGAUGCCAUAUUCUUCAACAACACGAGGCAAACGAAAAUUAGCAUUCUUCCUGGAAUGGCCAUAAGGAAGCACAUCAUCAGCGUGAAAUGGCGAAGAGAAGAAUUCGGCCGAAUUAAUUCUACGGUGGUAGAGUUUUUGAACAAAGCCGAGAAGUUAGCGCUGGAUAAGUGGGCAAGGUCUGACAAGUGGCCUCCGACAGACUCGGUGACUCUGGCAGUGGCAGUCUGGCCGAAAGACAUCGUCAAGACCAGCAGCCAAGGUCGCAUGCUAGCCAUCAAUUGUGGACCGAGCAAGGGCCUAGUGAAUUUCGUGAAAAACGACCCAGAGGGCUCGAACAACAUUGAGCUCGUCGACGAUUACGACCCGAUUUUCUUUAAAAAGAAGCUCGUCGAUUUAUUCUCGUAAUUAAAGCGUACAAUAUCAUUUCUAAUUGUUAAUUCCACUGCAAAAAAAUCUGUCCCCAGGCUGUGAUGUAAUAGAUUAUCAGUUAUCUUUAUAUCGUUGCCGUUAGUUUUAAAAGCUGGCGUUGUAAACUUAAGUUUGUAAUUUAUUUAAUUUUAAAGUGCAGUCCAGCGAUGUAAAAAACAGCCUCGAUCGCUGGCGCCAUCUCGCACCUACUGUGCCAAUUGAUAUUGUAUUUUCACUUUUUAUCGCGAUCACAUAGAGAUACAUAAUAUGCUAAAUGAUUACUGGAUCUGUCUACCAAGUGUAAAUAAAUAUAAGAC